CUUCUUCUAUAAUCAAUUCCCUAACACUCUUCUUCUUCAAUCAAUCUCUAAAAAGCUGUGAAAUUCGAAGUGAUGAAGCAGUAAACAGAAUAGUUUAAUGGGGAAUGUCUGAUAAGUGAUAAUAUAGUAGCUAAUGAGGUUAUUCUAAAAGUUAUCGAUGUUCUGAGUAUGAAGUGUGAGGGUUGCUGGCUGUGAUUACGAUACAGUGCCUUUUCAGAUCGUUACUUUGGUUAUUUCACUUCAAAUUCGUGUUUGAUUGUAACAAGCAGUCGAAGUAAGUUCCAAUUGGGAGUAGAAGAAACGAAGCAAGUCCAUUGUUCUGAAAAUUUGGACAAACAUGGCGAAUAGCAAGUACGAGUACGUCAAGUCAUUCGAAGUGGAAGACGAAGUUAUGUUUCCCAAUCUGAUAGUCAUCCGCAUUGAUGGCUGUGAUUUUUCCAGAUUUUCCCAAGUUCACCAGUUUGAGAAGCCUAAUGAUGAAACGGCUUUAAAUUUGAUGAAUUCAUGUGCAUCUGCGGUUUUGGAAGAGUUUCCCGAUAUAGUUUUUGCAUAUGGAUAUAGCGAUGAGUUCAGCUUUGUAUUCAAGAAAACAUCAAGAUUUUACCAGAGACGAGCUAGUAAGAUUCUGUCGUUGGUAGCCUCUUUUUUUGCUGCUGUCUAUGUAACAAAAUGGGAAGAGUUCUUUCCUUCUAGAAAAUUAGAAUAUGCUCCUUCCUUCGCUUCAAAAGUUGUAAGUUGUGCAUCAGUAGAGGUUCUUCAAGUUUACCUUGCGUGGAGACAACAUGACUGCCACAUUAGUAAUCAGUAUGACACAUGUUUUUGGAUGUUAGUAAAAAGUGGAAAGACAUUAAGUGAAACACAUGAGAUUUUGAAGGAUACUCAGAAACAACAGAGAAAUGAGCUUCUUUUCCAGCAAUUUGGUAUUAAUUAUAAAAUGCUUCCUGUAUUAUUUCGUCAAGGAUCAUGCCUUUUUAAGACAAAGGUGGAAGAAACUGUAAAGCAUGAUGAGAAUGGAAAUCCUGUUAAACGAUUGAGGAGAAGGGAAACGUUAGUGCAUUCAGAAAAUAUUGCCGCAAGAAGCUUUUGGAACGAGCACUCCUCUCUUCAUAAGGAUCUUGGACAUUUUCCAAAAGACAUUGGCAAAAUUGAACCGGAUUAUGUUAAGUCGUUUCAGUUUGAGAAUAGAUUAUUACCUUUAACUUGGGUUGUGCUUAGGAUUGAUGGCUGCCAUUUUCACAGAUUUUCUGAAGUUCAUGAAUUUGAGAAGCCAAAUGAUGAGAAAGCUCUGAAACUUAUGAAUUCAUGUGCAGUGGCUGUUCUUGAGGAGUUUCAGGAUAUUGCCUUUGCCUAUGGUGUUAGUGAUGAGUACAGCUUUGUUCUGAAGAAUGAAUCUGAGCUUUACAAAAGACAGUCCAGUAAGAUAAUAUCAGCAAUGGUAUCCUUCUUCACGUCUAAAUACGUGCUAAGAUGGGCAGAUUUCUUCCCUCACAAAGAAUUGAAGUACCCUCCAUCAUUUGAUGGACGAGCUGUAUGCUAUCCAACAUCAAAGAUUCUCCUGGAUUACCUAGCUUGGAGACAAGUAGACUGCCACACCAAUAAUCAGUAUAAUACAUGUUUCUGGAUGCUUGUUAAGUCUGGAAAAAGCAAAACUCAAGCCCAAGAGUACUUAAAGGGUACCCAAACACGAGAAAAAAACGAGUUACUUAGCCAGCAAUUUGGAAUUGAGUACAAUUCAUUACCUUUAAUCUUCCGCAUGGGUUCUUCUGUUUUCCGCCUAAAGACGCAGGAACGUGUCACAGAGGAGAAGGGAGAAGUUUCAGUUUCAGGAAAGCAAGUGGAAGAAGAAGAAGAAGUGGUCGUGGACCAUUCUAACAUUAUCGACCAAUGUUUCUGGCAACAACAUCCUCACAUUCUUAGCUCCUAAAACAGGUAUCCACUGGGUUGUACCAAAAAGCUAAAGUCUAAACUUAAAGAGAUUCAAGUCUUACUGUCUUAUUGUCAUAAACCAAAGCUGAAUUACAGAAAGAAAGAAAAAAUCCGAUGGUCUGAUUUCACUAUAUAUUCCCAUUAUUUAUCUUGUACAGUUUCCAGUUUUUUAAUUUAAUGAAACAGGCUUUGCUUGAUUGGCUUAGAGAACAAAGAUGUAUUGCAUUUUGUUUUCUUUCUUUUUGCUUUCUAGAAAAACAGAAGCAUUUGUGUAUUCCUUGUCUUGACUAAAUUUAACAAAUUCUUUAAAGGUGUUCUGAUUAUUUGGUUCCCUUU